CACCACGCCGGCACAAGUUAACCGCGUAUUACGUGACUGCAGUAAAAUAUCCACACGAAGCUCGUGCGGUGUGCAGCAGUGCUCGCUUUGCUACCCUGAAAGAGGCGGCCCCCGAUGCAGACAUUCGAGAGCUUGGUCCCAGUGACGUUUAGCUAGCAUGUAAAAUGCCGUGCCCGACGCUCGACUCUCGGCGCUUCUUCUUCUACUUCUUACUCUUCGUCUACUUCUUCCCAUUCUUCGCCCCCGACGAGCCUUCGACACCAACGUCCACGUCCUCUUGUCUGACAACUUGUAGAAAGUGAAGUGAAGAAGGAAAAACGAAAUGCCGGCGGAGGGGGCCGUCGUCGAAGUGCCGGCCGAGGGUGCCGCCGCACACCCCGAUGACUCGGACGAACCUCCGGAGGACCUCAGAGCCCGGGCGGCGGGGGCAGCCGGUGGGACAGGGGGGCGUGCCGGCAUCAUGAAGCCCCUGGUGGUCCUGGCUUUGCCAGGAAUGUACCUUUUCUACAAGUACAGUCAGUACAGACGGGAGCAGCGCGAGCUUUCGAGACGACGGGUGACGGAGCGGGAGUUGCAGCACCUGCACCAUAAAAUCGACAAGCUCUUGACGAAACUGGAAGAAAACGAGCCCGAGUUGGCCUCCUCCCAAGAAGACGAGUGCGUCAUUUGUGUGAAUGCAAGAGCAUCGAUGCAGACGGCGCCGUGCGGCCAUCGGGUUGUCUGCAGACGGUGUUUCGUCAAGACAAUACAAAUGGCCGUAUCACAACGACUGUUACCCCUGAGGUGUGUGAUAUGCAGAGCAAAGAUUCUCCGGUUAAAACAAACCCUCAUCCCUCGAGACUAUUCAAUGUCUGGGAAAUCGUGGGUCCUGCCGCAAAGCGCCUCGGCUUACAGUAUGGGGGCUUCCGUGGCAGGAAGCGGUGCCUCAGGACCUGGUGGCCGAUGGGGUCAGAGCAGCGUGCCUCCGUCUGCGUCGCUCUACUCGAUGAGCAGUGGUUCUUCCUCUUUGUCAGGGGUGUCUUCCGUAUCUUCAGCCACUUCCGCGUCUACCAGUAGCUCUGGGAUUUCAACCGGCAAACCGAAUAGGCUUAGACAGCCAACGGGAGCAACGCUUCGCCGCUCGCAGACCCAAUCGAUGAAACUCCGAAUCCAGGAAUAUCAAGACCCUAUACAGCAGGUCCCCGAGGAGGAGGAAAUAAUAAGGGAAAAUCGAGAACGCCGGUUGCCCCCAAUAAAGGAAUUUCAGAGAGACUAUCGUGCUGGAAAAGCGUCCACCAGAAUACGAUGCGCCCAGAAGAUAGUGACGCAACUGGAAGCUUCGCCGUCGCCACGAAGCGCUACAAACGUUGGAACACCGGUGAUAACGCCACGCGAAGUAACGCCAUCGGGAUCGACAAGAUCGUCGACAAAAUCUGUAAAAAAGUCACCGUCUACCCCAAAAACACCGAUGACCGUUGCCCAGGAGGUUCAAAAAACUAAGAAGGAAAAGGAGCGGGAAAAGGAGCGAGAAAAGGCGGAAAAGGCCCGGCAGAAGGAGGAGGAGAAGGCGGAAAAGGCGCGGCAAAAGGAGGCGAAGAAAAUUGCGAAGGAGGAGAAGAAGAGGGCGAAGAAAGAGGCCAAGGCUAGGCGGAAGGAGACCGAAGAGGCUCUACUCAGAGAAGAAAUUAAGUAGCCGUCACCCCUGCAGGUACAAAUUAAACGUAUAGUUCGCGUAUCGUAGCCUGCGGGCUAUGAUAAAAAAGAUAGUAUAACAGUACCUACGUUCACGUAACUAUAAUUAAAACCACGCGGGUGAAUGAAAACUCUGGAAUUUCCCCCCACUCUCGUGUGUA